GACCUGGGUGGAGCGAGAAGUACGUCCGCAACAUGGCCGCUGUUUGAUAAAGCUGAUUGAACUUAGAGGAAAAACACAAACUAAAGUACUGAUCUUAUGACGUUAAUAUCCAUCUGAUACCGGUGUCGAUGCUUGUAUCGAUCCGCUCAGCCUCAGCGGAAGCAGCGAUGAGUUCAGCUCAGUAUCUGAGAGAGUUCAUCAAGGAGAGACUAACUGCUGUUUGUGAAGAAAUCUUCUCAGAGGUUCAAAAAACCAUCGUCCAGUAUGAGGAGGAGAUCAACCGUCAGCACAGACUGCUGGAUAUCAGCCGGAAACCCGACAGAAACUCACACAUCACAGACUUCCCACGACAACGUGACUGCAAUGAAGAGGAGGGGAGGAACUCCAGUCUGGACCAGGAGGACCCAGAGCCUCCACAGAUUAAAGAGGAACAGGAGGAGCUCUGCAGCAGUCAGGAGGGAGAGCAGCUUGGACUGAAGCAAGAUGAAGGCAUUAUCGUCUGGUCCAGGGAAGAGCAGAUUAGACUGCUGGGGACCAUCUGCAAACCUGAGAUAAAGUUACACAGAAUAGACCUCCAACAGCAGCAUGUCUGUGAUGAGGAGAAGGUUGUCAGAGGUCAGCAGGUCUGUAACCAGGAGAGGAACUCUAGUCUGGACCAAGACGACCCAGAGCCUCCACAGAUUAAAAAUGAACAGGAGGAACUCUGCGGCAGUCAGGAAGGACAGCAGCUUGGACUGAAGCAGGAGGCUGAUGCCUUCAUGGACACCCUUGUUUAUCAGGAAAGUUACCACAGUGAACUGGAAUCAAACAGUGGGCAGCUCCUUUCUCACAGCUGUCCUGAAGUAGAAAGCAAGCAUGUAGUCUCAGGAUCAGCUAGAAAUAUAGCACUAAAGAGGAGGAGACGUUUCAGACUUGCUGACACAAGGGAAAAGUCUCUAAAAUGUGACACAUGUGGAAAAGCAUUUUACUUCCAAUCCCACCUGAGUGCACAUCUUAGAGUUCACACAGGUGAGAAACCAUAUUCUUGUAGCACCUGUGGGAAAAGAUUCAGCCACAAAUCAGCAUUGGAUAAUCAUAUAAGACGUUACACAGGCGAGAAGCCAUAUCUUUGUAUCACUUGCGGGAAAAGAUUUGUUCAGAAGUCUCAUUUGGAGCGUCAUGUGAGAAUUCAUACAGGUGAAAAGCCGUAUCCUUGUAUCACCUGUGGGAAAAGAUUUAAUCAGAAUUCAGAGCUGCAACGUCAUGUAAGAAUUCACACAGGUGAGAAGCCGUAUUUUUGUAAAACUUGUGGGAAAAGAUUUGCUGACUCAUCAGGACUCAUAAAACACAUGAGAUUUCACACAGGUGAGAAACCAUUUUCUUGUGGGAUCUGUGGAAAAAGUUUCAGUCAGAAAUCAGCAUUGGAAACUCAUGUAAGAACUCACACAGGCGAGAAGCCGUAUUCUUGUAGCACUUGUGGGAAAAAAUUCAAUCAGAAAUCAGGAAUGAAGUCUCAUGCAAGAAUUCACACAGGUGAGAAACCACAUUGCUGUAGCAGGUGUGGGAAAACCUUUAGCCAGACGACACACUUAAAGAAGCACAUGAGAAUUCAUACUGAUUAAAAGUUUA